CACAUGUGAUGAAACACGUGACGCUUAAAGACAAGUGCAAUAAAUGAGUAACUCGCAUUGACCUGCUGAUCAGCUGAUAUUCUGUUUUUCUAGCCUAGUCUGAUACAGGAAGUCAUACUGCAACAGCAGAGAAGUUACUUUCACAUUUAAACAAAGCAGAAACAGACAAACUGACUGGUAAAGAGUCAUGGACAGAACGAAGUUUGUGCUGUUGAUACUCUCCUUCCAGACCUGCUGGCAGCUGCUUCAAACUCUGGAACAAGCUGCUCUGCGUUUCAUUGUGUUGGCUGACUGGGGCGGUGUUCCAGUGCCUCCGUACUACACUCCUCAUGAGGAGGCUGUUGCUGCAGAGGUGGACAGGUUGGCCCGCACUGAGGGGUUGGACUUUGUCCUCAGCCUGGGAGACCACUUCUACUUCAAUGGGAUCAAAAGUGUGGAUGACCCCCGCUUCAAGUACACAUUUGAAAGGGUCUUCUCCCAGCCCUCAGUGCUGGAUAUCCCAUGGUACCUCAUCGCUGGAAACCAUGACCACAGGGGCAACAUCACAGCUCAGAUAGCUUACUCUGACAUGUCACAUCGCUGGAACUACCCCAGCCUCUACUAUGACCUUCUAUUUACUGUUCCACACACAAAUGUGUCAGUGAGCAUCCUGAUGAUCGACACAGUGGUGUUAUGUGGAAACACCUAUGACCAAACCCAGCCUUCAGGACCUGAUGAUCGCAGAGCAGCAGACCAUCAAUGGGAGUGGAUCAAGUCUAAACUGGCCAGUAGCAGGUCAGACUAUGUUGUGGUGGCUGGUCAUUAUCCUGUGUGGUCCAUGGGCCAUCAUGGACCAACAUCCUGUUUGGUCAACAGACUGAGGCCACUGCUGAAGAAGUACAGAGUCUCUGUGUACCUGUGUGGCCAUGAUCACAACCUGCAGUUUAUCAGAGAGGAUGAUGGGAGCCCGUAUGUGGUCAGUGGGAGUGGGGCUGUCAGUGACCCCGCCACCAGUCACAGGGAAAGCAUUCCUCUGUCCUGGCAGCUCUACUCCAGUCCUGUCAAUCACACAGCAGGUGGUGUGGUUUACUUCCAGGUCACUGAGCAUCACAUGACAGUCGGUUUCAUGCAGACAGAUGGGAAGUGUGUUUACCAGGCAGAGCUGCCGACACGCAGAGUCUGAGGCGUUUCAUCAGUCUCCAUCAGAAAUGUUUUGCUGCAGUCACAGUUAGAACAGGUGCCAUACAUGUAUUGUUUAGACAUUGUUUAUUCUCUUUCAUAAUCCCAUGUAUAUACUGCUACUUCACUGGCAGUACAUCAUUUUAAUGCUGUUGUCCUAUUUUAAUACUGUCACCAUUAACGUGGCUCACUGGCUUUGGAAAGGCCAGUAACAUUGGUGUAAUGCUGAAGGUGAUGCUGACGGUUUUGGGUGAUGAUGUAUUCUGUUUUUGAGUCAAUUAAUAUCUAAUUACAUGAUGAAAUAAUUUAUACUGUAUUUACUAUACUAUAUUUUAUGUUAUGUAUGUAUUGAAAGUCUGGCUAUGUACAAUAAUGUAGUUUUGGCAUUUAGUCUUGAUGAUCAAAAACUGUCAAUGACUGAAUGUUGACAUCAGUGUCAGUGUUUGAUCAGAUAGUUCCCGAUGUAAAUCAAAAUGUUGUGCAAAAUUCUUGUACAGCUGCUUGUGUUUAGACAAUUUAAAAUUUGAGAACUCCUCCUUUUGUGACAUAAAAUUGAGCUUUGUAGAUAAACAGGUUCAUUUUCCUCAAAGAUGAAUUUCCUCAAAGGUAUCAAAAAAGUAUUGAUUUAGUGUCAGUACCAAAAUUCAUUUAUUGCAUCAGCACUGGUAUUAAACGACAAGUUCACAAAUUUUCAAGUCUUUCUUAAAACAACAGUCAGGAGCCAAAAUGAACAUUGAAACAUGUUUUUUUC